GACUGUGCAAACGCAAGAAUGCAACGAAAUUGGUGAUAUUCCCUUUUCUAGCGUGCUCUCGUGCCAUCGCACGCUGUUCACUUGGAAAAGUCGGUGAGAGCGUGCGAACGACCAUGCAAAGCGGAGAGAGAGAAACGCUGCGAGAACCGGUCUGGCGAGUGUUCGCUCACGCCCCAUUGUUCGGCGACGUAAGCCACGCCCAUCGGCGAUUACGCUUCGCACAGGGUCCAUCGAUUAUUGUGCUCUGCGCUUCGCAUUGUUUUCAUUUGCGUAUACGCGAGCUCACGCAGACAGCGGUGCAGUCGUUCGACCGUUUCGCAUAUUAUAGCGUGCAGCCCGUCCGUCGGUCGGUUCACUUCCUCCUGCUCGGUGGAGAGCUUCUCACACCAUGUCCAGCACGGGAGCGGAGCGAAGCAGAAGCAGACGUGAAGGGCCUUGCGCGCACGUUCUGCAUUCACGGUUGAUGAAGUGUGCCGUAUUCUGCAAUGAGUGCGGGCACCGUUGGUAGGUACUUGCGAGGUCCCUCGGCCGGGCGGCCUUUAGCGCACUGUAGGCUGCGCCGGGACCUGGUGUGGGUGCCCGUUAACAGCCGGUGCAAGUGUGUGUUGCACGGCCCUAUCUCUACAUGGGGCCUGCUUCAGUCGGUCCAAGACCGUUGUCGUGGUUGCGCGCUUUUAUGUUGGAAAGUUCGGUUUUUACCCACUGCACACUGCACUGCAUUGUCGUGGUCGUUAUCGCUGUCGACGUCGUCGUCGUUGUUGUUGUUGUACACCGUAUUGUUACAUCGACUCAACCAAAGACAACAGCAAAAACCGUCCAUACGGGAUUUGAGCAAUGCCACCUACUAGUAGGAAUCCAAAACAAAAACAAAAGCUAGACUAGGUUCCCUCAGUUCUGCGGCGGCGGUGACGGUCGCGUGGAGCAUUAUCCUUUCUCGGACUUGUACAGGAUUAAAGAGAGUCUUUUUGCUUAACUCGGAAUAAAGCCCUGGACACUUAGGCCCUUCCAUUGCGGAAUCGAUUUUAGUGACCCAUGCACGAGACUCGUAGUUGCACCAAUGGCAAACACCCGGCCUAAAUCUCGGCCCGCGUGCCAGGAGCCAUAGGGUCUGUUGAUCGAACUCUCCGAUAUCCUCCGGUUGAACCAAGCUGCGUCUUACCCCACCUCCGCCGACCAAUCGAUAGCGAAGAGCUACCAGAAUUGAUUAGUGUGACAAGUGUAGUGACAGCAUUAAUAAUUCGAGGGAUUUCAGUGCGUCGCCGGUAAGCUAGGCGAAGAUCCGCCUGUGAAGAUUACGCCGGGCUUCUACAACAGCAGUGCGGAAGAUUCUCGUCGGUCGAUAGCUCGGUUUCGGAUUUCGUUUCGGGGGCUGUUGUUGUUGUUGUUGUUGUUAUCGUGGUUUGAUUGGUCAGUUCUCAUCAGAGGAAGAAGAUAUUUGACGGAAUUGGAGCCUCCGCUACCCCCGCGGCGCGUGUACACCAGAAGGAGGCGUGUGUUUGACCGCCGAGUCAUCGAACGCCGCGUUCGCGUAUGACUACUAGCGACGGUCGAUGCAUGCGUGUUUGUGUGAGUGUGUGUGCGUGUACCGGCUAGCAACCUAGAGCAGCGGAAUCGCUUCACGGCUUUGUCGUACCAGCUACGGAGAGAGGGAAAGAAGAUCACAAACAUUUGAUUCCGUCAGCGAGCUCAUCAAACUGUCGUCCAUUGCCAAACUUUUUACCACCAUGUACAAACUGUUCCUCGGCUAAUUAAACUAAUUUCCCGCUGUGAUGACUGACGAACGACAGCUGCAGCAACUCGACUUUUUCGCGUAAGCCUUUCUCCCGAAGUGUAGUGAAAAUGUGCGAAUCUGGCGGUAUACAACUGCCAAAGGCCAACGAACUGGGUCAACUGGAUUUGUGUAACGCGGGAAUUGACGCGAAUUAUUGUUAGUGCCACGUGCCGCGUGUGGCGAUCACCAGUGAUACCGUGGAGACUGUCAAAAUUUAAUACAGUUCAGUGAAUUGAUUUUUGUAGCAGUAGUGAAAAGCGAAAAGUGCUACCAAGAGUGGGGUUCAAAACGGAGUUCACCAUGGAUAUGACGUCGGCGGCUGAAGCUCGAAGUUGGUACGACAACCAACAACGGCUCGGAGCAUCUCCGGGGACUUCGGCUGCCGUACUGGGGCACCAAUCGGCCGCGGUUGCGGCUGCCGCGGCCGUCAUGGACCCGUCGGAUCUGAAUCCGUUCUAUCCGAUGGAGAACGGAUCCCACCACCACCAUCACCACCACAGGCGGUACUACCCCAGCAGCUAUGGACCGCACGCAACCCGCAUGGCCUCGUCGCACGUCUCGCCUCAAGUGUGUCGUCCGCACUUCCACGGACCUCUAUCCUGGCUAAGUGAUCCGCCGAAGCCCCUCUCAUCCGGAACCGGUGCAUGGAGUAGCCCCUUUGCCUGCCCUCAAGAUCCCCAGGACAAACUCAGCCACGCCGCCUCCGGUCUAGGCCUUUCGGCCGGCCAAGGUAGCAGCAGUAGUCAAGCCAUCGCCGGCGGCGGCGGGAGCAGUAGUGGUAGUUCAGGCCUCGCCAGCAGUAGUCAACACCUGUUCUCGUUCCCGCCAACGCCACCCAAGGACUCCACGCCGGACUCGAUACAGACGGUACCGACCGAGUACCAGGCCACGAUCAACGCCUUCAUGCACCAGGCGCAGGUCACCUCGAACAGUAUAGCCCAGCAAGCGGCGGCCGCUGCAGCCCACGAUAGCUGCAUGCUGGACGUGAAGCCUUGCCUGACGGGGAGUUCCCUGGGGCUGGGCGGAAGCAGCGGAAUGAGUGGAAUAAGUGGUAGUGCAUCCGGAAACUCGAGCAGCCAACAGUCCAAACAGCAGCGGGAAGGUACGGCCCUGAACUCCGCAGUCAACAGUGGUACUAGUAGUGGUAGUAGUGGUAACAACCAUUCGCUGUUCGAUACGGGAUCGUACGGCGCCGGUGGAUACGCCGAUACCGUGGGCAGCAGCAAUGGUGGUUAUGGCGGUGGAAGCAGUAGUGGCGGAGGCGGAGGCGGCGGUGGCGGUGGAAGCAGCUAUCAUCACCAGCAAAGCGGUUCGUUUCAUCCUAAUCCACGUUCUACGGUUAUGAGUAGUAGCCACCAUCAUAUGAAGCCGCAGCGGACGAAGGCGCGAACGAGUGCCGAGGGUCGAGAGUGCGUCAACUGCGGUGCCACAUCGACGCCCCUCUGGCGACGGGACGGUACCGGCCACUACCUGUGCAACGCCUGCGGUCUCUACUACAAGAUGAACGGCCAGAACCGGCCGCUCAUCAAACCGAAGCGAAGACUGGUCAGCUCCCUGCAAAGUGCUGCGCGACGAGCGGGCACUUCCUGUGCCAACUGCAAAACGACCACGACCACCCUGUGGCGGCGGAACCAAGGCGGGGAACCCGUUUGCAAUGCCUGUGGCCUCUACUACAAAUUGCACAAUGUGAACCGACCCCUAACGAUGAAGAAGGAAGGCAUUCAAACCCGGAAUCGGAAGUUGUCUUCGAAGUCGAAGAAAAAGAAGGGCAUGCCCGGGUCGUGCCUUCCUCUGGGCAGUCACCUGGGUGAUCUGAUGAAACCACUGGACCACAACAAAUCCUUCCACGGGGGAUUUCCCGGAGCGAUGGGUCAACACAGUCACCUGUCCGGUGGACUGCAUCCUGCCCAUACGCACAUGCACGGCGGUUGGUACACAACGGGAAUGGGCGCCCUCGGAACGUCCAGCAGUCUACAGAGCGGGUUCGGAAGUGCGGGUUCGCUAGGCGGAGGUGUUGUACCUCACUCGAACUCCUACCACCUGGGACUUAAUUCAAUGAGUUGGCGCUCGGAGUACACGUGAUGGAACGGCAGCAACUUCAACACCAGCCUGUUCGAGUUGGGUGCAUCCCCGAAGUUUAACACCCACCAUCAAGCGCAACCAAGUUUGCUACAGGAUGACCAACAUCAUCAGUUCCAUCCAUCGGCAGCAGCAGCGCAUCACAGUUCGGCUGCCGCUGCUGCAGCUGCAGCAGCAGCCCUAUUUGAUCACCAUCAUCAUCACCACCACCAUUUACCACCGUUCCACCACCAUGAUCAGUACGUGUCUCCGUUGGGAAGUGCUGGCAGUGCAACGAGUACUGGUCAGCAACAUCACGAUCAGGAACUUCAGCUAGCGGCGACGGUGGCAGCAGGUCAAGUACAAAUCUAAGUUCCGUAUGGAUUCAUUAGUUAAUUACUGCAGUUGGACUUUCAGUUUAGUUAGACGAACUGUAGGCGAUUAUUUCGCUAGGAAGCCUUCUACUUCUUUUGGCAUGGCGACUUCACUGAGCCUAGCCUGAGGAGCAGUAGGAUCCAGAACUACUUUCAUAGUUAUUGUCUGAGAGACAAUAUUGAUGUCACGAAGAUACUCUAUGUCCAAGGAGUCCCGAGAAAAUUUUCAUAACGAAAAUAUCCUUGAUUGGCCGUGCAUCAAUAAACUCAGAUGACGCCAUACGAUCUUCGUUAGGCAAUGUAUACAUCAAUUAUUUAAACAAGGUCGAAAUUUAACUAACAGUCGAAAUUGUGCACAUUCGUCACGGAGGAGUUCCAAGAGGAAUCUCCGAAGGAAUUUCUUGACAAAUAUCUGUCUUUAGAAGUACGAAGACAUCCCUUAAACGAGUUUUAAACUGAUCUGAAUUCGCAAAAAAAAAACAUCUCUCUGGACUAGUUUCUACAAAUCCACCCAUAAAUUUUCAGUAAAAUUUCUCGAGAGAUAUUCACGAAUAGCCGGAAAGUGUUAGAAAGAAAAUCGAAAAAAAUAAAUGGUGUAGUCAAUAUCAGCAAAACGGCGUGGCGUCAGUUGAAAUGAGAACAAUUGAUUAUAAGUAGCGGUUGAUGAAAAUUUCAGAAUAAACUGAUUCAAGUGGUAGAACGGUCAGUCAGGUAGUGAGAAGUAAGAGGUUUUUGAAGUUUCUUUUUUCUGUACACUGGACCUUCCAUUCAGGUAGAUAUCAUUCAAGUAAAAUCUAUAUAAAGCUACCCCCAUCAAGCUAGUAUUAUCUAUAUGAAAUUUGAUUGUGUUCAAAGCAGUUGGAGUAGUUGCUGCAAGGGAUAAGCUGUAAGCUCAACAAAAUCCAACGCACCGCUUGCAUAGCCAUCACUGGUGCAGUUCGUAGUACACCCACUGUGGCCCUAGACGCAAUGCUUCACCUGCCCCGGUUAGAUCAAUUCAUAAAGCUGGAAGCGGAAAAAAGUGCUCUAAGGUUAAAGAGAACAAAAACACUGCUGUCGGGAGACCUUACAGGUUACCUCAGCAUAUUAAAUGAAUUUGCCAUAAAUCCCGCAAUAGGAAUUUGUAGUGACUGGAUGGAAACGGUAGUCAAUUAUGACAUACCUUACGAUGUGCUCAUUCCUUCCCGCCAGGAGUGGGAAGGAUGUGGACCCAGCGUUCCAACAGGCUCUAUAAAUUUCUUCACAGAUGGUUAGAAAAUGAAUAAUCUAACAGGCUCCGGAAACUAUGGCCCUAGAACAAAAACCAGUGUCCACUUAGGACAGUGCCCCACAGCAUUUCAGGUGGAAUGCAAUAUUAGAAUGCGUGUUAUUAUGUAUAAAUUUGCAAAAUUAUGUAUUUUCUCCGACAGUCAAGCGGCACUUAAGUCGCUUAAUAACUACACUUGUAACUCAAAGCUAGUGUGGGAAUGCAUUCUGGCUUUGAGAAACUUAUCUAUACGCAAUCGAGUCUACCUAUAUUGGAUCUCAGGACAUACGGGUCUAGAGGGAAACGAGAUUGCUGAUGAGCUAGCCAGGAAUGGAUCUAAUGAAAGGUUCAUUAGCCCUGAGCUCUUCUGCGGGAUCUCAGACUGCUCUGUAAAAAUGGAAUGGAACAAGUAUAUAUAGUCAGUCAAAUCACAUCAAACUGGAAUGCACUUCCCCAUACGAGCCAAUCCAAAAGGCUCGUAACGAUAAACCCCAAGAAAACCCAACAAUUAUUGGGUAUCAACAAAAGGGAUCUCAGCAUCUACACCGGUCUAAUGCCCCUGCAGAUACCAUCUACAAAAGAUCGGAGCAAUCCAAACCUUAAAUUUCCGCUUCUGUGACAAGGAGAGAGAAACAUCAGAACACAUCCUUUGCUAUUGCAGUGCACUCACCCAACGUAGGUUCAAAGUUUUCAGCAAGCCCUUCUUUGGGCCUGCUGACAUAUGGAUCUUAUCCCCCAAGGACGUGGUUGGCUUUAUACAGCUAGUCUCGCCAAAAUGGGGGAAUCACAUACUGUCACUCAGGAUCUCUAUUCAUCCAUAAUAGAUGGUCUUGAGUUCAGUCGAUACUAA